UUAUAAACUAGGGCACGUUUUAUUAAACUGGAUGUCAAGGGUUCACAUGCUAGGAUGCAUAAGUGCCGCAUUUGUGACAAAACAUUGCAUCGCUGUUCGCGUGUGAUAUCGCCAUUCGCCAAAUAUUGGGGCGCUGGUUAGUUGCGCGAUAUCGCAAAUCUUUGCGAUCGGGAGCAAUUUUUGCUCUAUUCUAUGGUUCGAGGGCUAAGAGUUCUGGGUUUCGUCUCUGUAUGGCAAUGUGAUGUUCCGUAUUAUCACUGAGCAUACAUGUAAAGGAUGAUUCUUCUGACGUCUGGAAUUUACAACCCGUCAUGUUCCAAGGUUUGAAGUAGCGAUUCCUGGAACAGAAAUCAAAUCGCCUGAAAUGGCUGAAUCUCACCUGCAGCUAUAUGCAUGGGGGGCUAAUUCACACAUGCAGACGGGCACUGGCCUGGCGGACGUUGAACAGCUGCUAGAGCCCGUCGCAGUUCCUCUCCACAACAUAGAACCAAUAGACAGCAGCAUCAUCGACACCGUGCUCUCGUCUGCCACGGACCGCGCCUCAUCGGCGGAUAGCAGAGCCACCUCACCUGCAGAUGGCAGCACCCUUGCAUCGCUAGAUGGCAGCACCGAGCUGUUGCCGGAGCACGCCAGCGUGGCAGUGACUGGCGGCGGCGGCCACUCCCUGCUGCUGCUCGCCGGCCGGGUCUUCUCGUGCGGCCUCAACGACAGCGGUCAGCUGGCGCGACCGUCGGAGGGUGCCGCCGAUGGUCUCUUCAGACCGGUGGACGUCGGUGAGCGGGUGGUGGCGGUGUCGUGCGGCUGGGACCACAGCCUGUUGCUGACGGCUGACGGCAGCGUGUACAGCGCCGGCAGCAACAGGUUCGGCCAGUGCGGCCUGGACCAGAGCCACAAGUGUGUCCCUGACCCGGUGCGACUGCCGCUGACGGGCGUGUGUCAGGUGGCGGCCGGUCUCCGGCACUCGGCCGCCGUCACCGUCGAUGGCUGCCUCCACCUCUGGGGCGACAACAGCCGGGGACAGACCGGCGCGGCCCCGGACCGGGUGAUCUGGUCGCCUCGUCGGCUGGCCGGUGCGUCGGCGGUGCGGGAGGUGGCCUGCGGCCAGCGGCACACCAUGCUUAUCUCGGAGAUGGACGGCCGGCGCCGGCUCUACGGCCUGGGAGACAACAGCCGGGGCCAGGUGCUCGGCGGACAGGCCUCGCAGAAACCCGGCCGUCUGUCCGACCUCUCAUUGGUCGAACUGCCCGAUGACGUCACGCCCCAGCGGGUGCUCUGCGGUUGGACCCACACGCUGCUGCAUUGCGCCGACGGCUCGGUGCGCGGCUGGGGACGGGCCGACUACGGUCAGCUGAGCCUGCCGGCGGCGGCCGCGCGCUCUGUGAAGGAGUACAACCCAGCGACCGACGAGUGA